AUGGCUGCUAAGGAGGACCCUGCUCUAAAAAAGAGGUUGGAGAACCUCUCUGAGGAAGAGACAGCUAAUCUAACGAUUCAAUUAUGUUCUUACCGCCAAGUGUUGGGUGAAGAUUCUUGCCCUCAUGGACUCGAGGAAGCUGGAAAGAUGAUUACACAAAAUUGCAAAGGACUUCCACUUUCCCUUGUUGUGAUAGGUGGCAACCUUUUCCACAACCAACAGGACAAAAGAUCAUUGGGAGUUAGAGAAGCUGAGAAGAAUCAAGGUAAUACCAAUGUGAAUAUCUUUGCUCAAAUGAUUGACGAUGCUGGGAAUCUACAGGAGAUUAAGAACCUCCAGACUCAUGAGGACAGUGAAGAUACUUGA